AACUUCUCCAUGGGGGUUGGCGCAUGACGUCCGCAGAUGCUUGAUGGACCUGGACUCCUCUCCUGACGGCGUCAAAAGGGUAGUCGAUAUCGAGGCUGCCAUGAAGCGGGCACUGGACAAUGACUAUUUGGUUAACGUUGAUGGGGUCUUCGACGCACUGCACGACAAUACAUCGGAACCACUUGUCCGUGCAGGACUACAUGCUUUGCGGGAUCUUCUCAGGGGCGAGUGGGACGUCAAUCGUGACUAUACCGGCUCCGUGGAUGCCCGCGUCGAACGACCAGCAAAGAAAGCUAGGACUGAACAGACACAACCUCGUACGGAGCGGUGAUUACCUCUGCGUCUCCGCUAGCGCAAUGGGUGCGCGAUCGCGAGAAGAAGGGUGGAGAUGGGGCCAUAUACCUGUGCAUAGGAAUACUAGUUCGAAAUGAGACCGU